AUGGUUUCCGUCCGCUUCGUCGCUCUCCUCUCAGCGGCCGCUGCUGCAGUCAGCGCCGCUCCCAUCGUCGAGCUCGAUGCGCCUACCAACGUCACCGACUCUGUUGAGCGUGACCUCCGAAGAGGCGAGAUGCUCGUCUACGGAAAGGAUCGCUCCCAGAUCAUCACCGAAGACACCUGGAAGCUGUUCCUUCAGCAGUUGGACAUCUCUGCCGAGCCCCCUCUUGACGACGAGGACUGGCUGAACCACCCCGAGAACUUGCCUGAGCUCCCCGUCAACCACACUGCCAUCGCACUCGGCAAGCGUGACUGCAACAGCAACUACCAGACCGUUGUGGACCGCAGCCAGCGCUUCGUCGACUGGGACGUGCAGAUGUCUCCUGUCGUCAUUGGUGCCGGUAGCAAGGGCAUUGACAUCACCAUUUCCAAGUCUUACUCCGUCGCCAACUCUGUCCAAGUUAGCGCUGGUAUUGAUAUUACCCUCAUCAAGGACCGCCUCAAGAACAGCUUCGGCAUUAACUACUCUCGCACCUGGACAACCACCCAGGGCUACCUCAUCCGCGGCACCGUUGACAAUGGCGAGACUGGAGUUGUCAUUACCCGUCCCUGGACCAACCGCAAGUAUGGUCGCACCUUCCAGGGCUGUGUUGGCAGCCUGCGCCAGACCGGUACCUUCAUCGCCGAUUCUCAUGAGGAGGGUUCUUACGAGGGUGUCACCUGGGUUGGUGGUGCCAUCACUGCCUGCAUCAAGAAGCAGAGAAGCAUCCCCCUGUCCCGCUGCAACGGUGGUGGCAACUUCCGAUAA